AUGGCAGAAGUGAAGAACAACAAAUGUGAAUGCCAGCCGACUGUAUGUCAUAACUACGGAGACCAGCCAUGCGAUGAUCCCAAUUGUACGAAGUGCAGGUUUGGCUGCCCCCCCGGAUGUAAGGGCUGCGAAAAGAAAUGCGGGGAUGGAAAACCAUGUAAAUGCUGUACUCCUCGCUGUGGUUGUGAGAAUGAUUGUUAUGAAAAAGACAGUAAAGGCCCGUGUAAAGGAAAAAAUGGCGGCAAAUGCAAGCGAUGCGAGACCAAAUGCAAAAAUUCAGCGGACGGCACUUGUAUAUGUCAUUAUUGUAGCUGCGGAACGAAAUGUAAUGGCGUAAUUUGCAGCUGCUGUAACUGGUGUGAUCCGAGGAAUUGUAAUGGAGGUCCAUGCGACGGCUACGUACUCGGCAGAUGCGGAGCCGAAGGCCUCAAAGAGUGCAAAGGACACGUCAAAUACGACAACUACGACGCCAAAGGCGACUAUUACGGCGCUGUAUUGAAACGCGAAACUAAAAAUGUAAUCACGUGCGACGGAAACCCCCACCCAGGCAAGGAAUGUAAUGGCAACAACUGCAAUUGGAUCCGUGGCGAACUGCAGCCCGACGGGUAUUGCGUCAAGUUUUGCACCUACUGCGACAAACUAUGCGGACAAGAUAACUUUAGACGGUGCUGCACCAUAGCCAUUCCCUUGGUUAUCACUGUGUUAGCAAUCCUUAUUUUUAGGUUCAUGCUUCCCGAGAAGUACCACGCGAUUACGACUAAAAUACGCGCUGUAUUUCCCAGUUCUCCUAGGCACCCCGGAAGAUCCCUGAGUAAUCUAGUCGGUGACAGAAUUCCCGAGGAAAUGAACGUUGACCGCUACCCCGCCGUACGUCCAAGGGCGUACGCUGGCUUGUAG